CGCUCAGUGUUACCAGCGGGCCGACCAGGCACGGAGGCACCUGCGGGUUGCUCGCCAGCAGCGUCUGCCGGACGGCAGCACCAGCUGAAACACCGGCACGGGCGCACCCUCCGGCUCUGCAGCGCUGGGCGGGUGCGGCUCCCAGUGCCCCGGCCAUGUCCGUCUACGAGCUGUCGCCGGCGGCGGCGUUCGGGUGCGUCCCGCCUCUGCAGCUCACCGGUUACCCGGCGGCGCCGGCCGGCGGCCCCCCGGUGGCGCCGUUUGCCGGUCAGGCCAACCAGAAGCCGCCUCUGCUGGCCGGCUCCGACUCCGAGGGCUCCUUCUUCGGCGCGGAUCGGCUUCCGGAGCGGUUCGCUGACGGGUACCCGGACGGCUUCUCUGAAGGCUACAUCGAGGAGGGCUACUACUCCGAGUACACGGCGGCCGGCGCGUACGGCGGGCCGGCACGUGCCGAGGCGCCCGAGCGGCGCCGGGCCGGCCGCCGGCGCAGCCACCAGCCGCCCAGCACGGAGGUGGUGCGGCGCCGGCGCACGGCCGCCAACGCCCGCGAGCGGCGCAGGAUGAACGGCCUCAACGACGCCUUCGAGCGCCUCAGGGAAGUGGUGCCCUGUCUGGGCAGCGACAAGAAGCUCUCCAAGUUUGAGACGCUCCAGAUGGCGCAGACCUACAUUUCGGCGCUGCAGGAGCUUCUCAGGAGGAACAGCUAGCCGGCUCGGCUGUGCUGAGACCGGGGAACAGCUAGCCGGCUCGACUGUGCUGAGACCGGGCAGCAGCUAGCCGGCUCGACUGUGCUGAGACCGGGCAGCAGCGUCACAGUCUGGCUACCAGAUGCCAUCGUUUGGCCACGUCGUGUCGGUGCAUACCGCUUUCUGUAGCUAAGUGUUGUGACGCAUUUAGCUUUAGAUGACCUAUUCGACUGCACGAUCCUACAUUCACUUGUCUCGUUCACCUACCUCUGUGUGGUCUGGUUGCUCUUGAAAGUCGCGGUGCCAAUGCAGCGGCUGCUGUUUUCGGCCACAGUGGUGGCAAUUACAGAUAAUUGGGACACUAAUACCUAAUUAAAUAGCACCAAAAACCAUAUGACAACACCCAAAACAGAACCAGCUUGAAAAUUUGAGUGUAAUGUUUAACUUAAGUCUUACAAAUUAGAAGUUUUAUACCACCAAAAUGCCAAAAGACUAGGAUUGAAAAUGAAAUAUCAAAAAUCAAGUUGGUAUCAGUAUAGCAAAAAAGUUUGUAUCCGAUUGGCAUAGGUAUCUGCUUGGUCAUUCGUCGCUCAAACCGUGCCGCCUGCAGGGCCUGGCCGUCCCGGUCGCAGCCGGCUCCUCAGCCGGGCACCAUCUAUCACUGUAAUCUGUAUGCCGUUUUCCUAGUCGUUCUCGUGCGCCAGGGGCUGGCAGUGCCGGUGAUGCGCUGUGCGGCUGUGGUGUCCGCGUGCCUCGGUCUGUCCACUAGGUGGCUGCCCGGUUAGAGCCAGCCCUGCGCCCCGGGACGGCCCGUCAGGUGCCUCCCAGAUUCCGGCCGGCUCCAUUGUGGUGCUCCGCCUCCUCCCUGCCGCUCUGCACUGCAAUUGCACAUAUUGUUUAGAUGUUAUAGUGUGCUCAUUUGCUCUUUUUUUGCUGGCAGCGCUGUUAGUAUGACAGAUAUUUAUAGUACGUUCGAUGCCCGGAGCUGUUGGUAUGACAUAUGUUUAUUGUACGGUCGAUAUUGUUGGUAUGGUAGGCAGAAUGUCCAUGGUACGGUCGAUAUUGUUGGUAUGGUAGGCAGAAUGUCCAUGGUACGGUCGAUAUUGUUGGUAUGGUAGGCAGAAUGUCCAUGGUACGGUCGAUAUUGUUGGUAUGGUAGACAUGUCCAUGGUACGGUCGAUACUGUUGGUAUGGUAGGCAGAUAUGUCCAUGGUACGGUCGAUACUGUUGGUAUGGUAGACAUGUCCAUGGUACGGUCGAUAAUGUUUGUGAUGUAUGGUAGAUAUGUAUGGCAUGGCCAAUACUGUUGGUAUGACAGAUAUGUCCAUAUAGGUCGAUAUCCGAAGCUGUUGAAGUUGCGGUCGAUAUCCAUGUUUUGUGUGACGUCCCUCAGCUCGACGGCUCGUCCCGUCAUGACCUGUGAUAUUUACAUAAUCCCAUUUACAUAUUUAUUGACUUGUGUGUCUAUAUGGAAACAAACUCCUAAUUUUUAAGGAAGGUAGUACUACUAGAUGUUUGAUGAAGAGUUUUAUGUUUAUCCAUGUUUUACGGUGUCAGUUGUUGUUUUAUGGUGUGUUAAUAAACAUGAAAAAUUAGCAA